GCCAAAUAAAAAGAGUCGAUGAGAGAGAACCGAUCAGCCCCCUCCUGUAUAACUGCACUGAUCCGUCGGUUGGCUCAGAUGCUCUUGUUUUGACUUCACCCUCCUUGAAGGCUCCGCAGGCUGGAGAUUACUGCUGCAAACCUCCAACUGCCACCAGACUGAGAGGAUCAGAGCACCCUCGCUGUCAGGAAGGGAUCAGAUAAAGAGUCUGUGAGCUGCUGUUGCUCUCACACUGAUUGAUGAAGUUGGCGAGCUACACGAAGCAGACUCAGCAGCACCGAGCGUAACAGCAGUCUGUCGUGAAAUUCCAGGUUGUUUGGCUAACAGAGCGCUGCAUCCCACUGCUGAAGGCAGCUAAAACAGCAGGAAACUGUUAGCGUCCGCCCCUGAUCAGUGAUCUGACUUCCAACAGGUGUCUGCUGCAGGUGAGGGAACUUCACUGGACCUCACAACAAAACAUCUGAAACAACUCUUUAAGACAGAACUGCGCUGGUGUUCUCUUUUGAUAGUUUGGAUGUCUGGACGUUCUCCGCUUUGGACUCAGAACCAGUAAAUGCAAGACGUUGCAAUCCCAGAAGAUGGGUGGAAAAUACAAAAUGAUAAACUUAAUAUAGAGAAAGGUGCGAAACCUCAACCCAAUGGUGAUCUGUCCUGGUUCUGAUUCGGUUGGGUCUGACUGCUCUGUUGGAUAAAAGGUUCCAGAAAGUUUAGUUGAGGAGUCUUCCCUGACAUGGACCAGGUCUUCUAGGGCUGUUCCACCAAUCAGCAGUGGAGUUCUAGACAACAUAGGAGCUCCUUCAUGUUUUACAGUCGAUGUGUUGAAAGGAUGCAGGUCCAAAGAAUUUCACAACAACUUUAUCUGAAGGCUUCCUUUGUUAAAUUCUACGAAUUUAAAUGUAAAAUAUUCUGUUGAAUUAAAGCUGUUUGAUAAUCUGCAUUAAGUAAAACCAAACAAUCAGGAUUAAUAAUUUUGAUAAUUUCUAACCAUUUUGAAAGAAAAGAAAAUUAGAUAAAUAAGUUUAUCCUUCAUGAUGUUUUGUUUCAUAUGAGCGUCUAGCUACAGCUGCAGAUGGCUUCAAUGUAAAUAAUACAACAGCCUGAAAACGUCUCAGUCAGUUAUUAUUUUUAAUGGCUACAUCAUGAAACCCAGCUGGCCAGCUGAAGUAGGCAGGACAGAAAAGAGUCUUUGUUAGCAAAAGGUCAAAGGUCAGAUCCAGCUAACCAUGCUUUUAACGUCCUGAAGCGUUCUACUUUCAUCUUGUUAUAAUAAAGAAGGCCACUUUCAAUAAAAAGGCUUAAAAGGGAAGUGAAAAGUCUAACUAGUGUUAUUUUGUUCCUGCUCCAGUUCUUUGCAGCAGAAACCAGUCAGAUUUGGUUAAAUGAAGCAAAAUAAGAUCCGGAGGAACUUCAGUUUGUUGUCACAGAAAACCUUGACUCACUCAGAAAACUUUUCAGAUUUUCUUCACUAAAUCCUGGAACAGAUUCAACCUGGAACGCUUUAACUGUUAAAUGUCCUGAAGAUGAAGCCAGCCUGUGUGGGGAAACCCUGCUGUAUCAGCGUCUGUUCUGCUACUAAUCCGAUUCCUGGAAGUUCUGUCUGAUGGUUGCAGAUAACCACGUCGUCAGGAAGUCCUUGAGUCCGAUCUGGUUUUAACUUUCAUCCCUGCAGACAUCAACAACAGAAAUCCUGUGGGAAUAAAACAUCUGGGAUAAACUGCAGCAUACAUUAAGCUAUAAGUAAAUAAAUACAUUAGUCUCAUAAUCCAUGCAAACCAAUCGGAAGGAUGAUUUCUUUAAUUCUUCAUUAACUUAACAUUUGUACCUGAUGAAGAGGAAGAAGAUGCAUCUAUAUUUUCUCAGAUUUAACAUUUCAGUCAGGAGAAAAGAUCAAGUCUGAUAUGAACCAAGGACGGGAUUCAUGUUGAGUUAAGUAGUGAUAGGCUAGGAAUAUAUCAUGGUAUGCGCUUGUAUCAGUAGCUCAUUUCUACUUCUGCGAUGGCAGCAUUAAUGCAAAAAAUUCCAGCAGGGAUUUUAGAGCGACAUCUGAUCCCUUGGUGUUAGCUUUGACUAGGACAUGUCAUUUAAAUGCCAUAUUAAACAGGUUUCCUUCUUUCACCUCUGGAAUAUUGUCAAAAUUACAAAUAUCCUGUCCAGGAGUGAUGCUGAAAAACUAGUCCAUGCAUUUGUUACUUCAAGGCUGGACUAUUGUAAUUCUUUACUAUCAGGAUGUCCAAAACGCUGCGAUCGUAAGGUUAACCUGAGCUAUCUCUGUAGUUAUGUUGCUAUAGGCUCUGUUUUCGCUCUUUAGACUGGACUUACUGAUCACUCUUCGUCACUCUGCUACAUUCUCCUACUACUCUCUAAUUAUGUGUAAUCUGCAGUUAUUGCUGCCAUGGACUUUAUGUUCUCUCUCUAGAAGCUACACCUGGCAUGGUGUUCUGUUUCACUGUGAUGCCUUCCUGGAGGGGGACCUCAGCUGAGCGACUGCAUUUGCCCUCUUGACUUGAAAACUGGCUCAUAGCUUGUCUUUUUAGAGCCCAGUCGGUGGUGGCAGAUGCCCGCUCACACUGAGCUUGGUUCUGGUUCUGGUGGAAAUUUCUUCCUGUGAAAGGGGAGUUUUCCUUUCCAUGUCUCUACAUGCUCAUCCAGGAGGAGUGAAUGCUGCAAGUCACUGACAGGAGGCAAUCUGCUGGGUUUCCUUAGAUAACUAUUGAACCAGUUUGAAUAAUAAACUGAACUUGGCUGCAUUGUUUGGUAACUAAGAUCUAAUUGGAAUGGAUGACCUUGACUCUGAAUCUGUCUAUAGGAUUGGAUUAAACUGUUCAAAUAUUUCUGUAAAUAGUUUUUGGUUUUUCCCCUGACACAUUGGUUGAAUCGGCUGCAUAAAUAAACUGAAUAGAAUCUUUUCCAGUCGAUGUGUUUUCCAUGGCUGAGGAAGAUGAAGGUGCUGUCUGGUUUUGUAAGACUUAGAUUUUUACAUUUUUUAAAUAGAUUUCUGUUAUUUUGUUUAUAUUUUAUGUUUUAUUAAAUGAAGUAACUGAGUUUGUUUUUAAGUGAUUUUUUUCCACCUGUGUUUGUUUUGCUUCAGAAGACAUAAGUACAUGUUUUAAGCCAUUCACGUUGACCUGGACCACUUUGAAAGGUCAGAGGAAGGUCAGAACCGAGGGAAGAUGAUCGCUCAUAAUAAACCCUUAAACUACAACUGGAUGGUUUCUAAACUGUUUGGUGAAAUAUUAAAUCCCUGAAAUGUCAACUUUCUCUCAAGUAAAGCAGCAAAUUUGGACAUGCAGAUUAUAGAAGCAGUACCACCAGGUUCUGAUCAGGACCUGAACCGGUCCUCCUCAGAGAUCAGCUGUGUUUGAAGGUCUAAGGUGGACUGUGUGGGUUUAGUUUAGUUUCAGGCUGAAUCAGCGGCUCUCUGCAGUCGGUAACAUCUCAAACUGUUGACAUUCCUCCAUUGGAUCCUCAGGGCUCUGAACGGCCCGGGGCUUGAAGUCUACCUGUUCUUAUUCAAAUCACCCCCCCCCCCCCCCCCCCCCCCCUCUCCUAGCAGCCAAUCAGCUGCCAUGUGGGUGGGGCUGCAUGGUAUAAGAGUCUCAGGUCAGCAGCAGGUGUAUAGAUAUCAUGGCCUCCUUCCUCCUGGAUCAGACUCAGCAUGGACGCUGCCUCCCCCAGCAGGAGCUCCCCUCUUUGGGCCUGGACGGGUCCGACUUCAGCAUGUAUAAUCCUUCCCCUGAGACUGGUCCUUCUCCGUGGAUCCCACCUUCCUCCCACAGCAGGCAGGACCUGGUCCCGAUCCCUGGAGGCCCCCCAGGAAUACUCCCAGCACUCCGGACCUUCUUCCCUCAUCUUCUGAACCUCCCUGGUGGCUCGUUGUUCUCCUCAGAUGACCUGCUGAGUCUGGUCCGGCCCCCGUACUCCUACUCGGCCCUCAUUGCCAUGGCGAUUCAAAGCUCGCCCAAACAGAGGCUGACUCUCAGCCAAAUCUACCAGUACGUCUCCAACAACUUCCCCUUCUACAGCCAGAACCAGACCGGCUGGCAGAACUCCAUCCGGCACAACCUGUCACUCAACGACUGCUUCCAGAAGGUUCCCCGAGACGACAGCGAUCCAGGUAAAGGGAACUACUGGACUCUGGAUCCAAACUGUGAGAAGAUGUUCGACAACGGAAACUUCCGAAAGAAGAGGAAGAGGAAAUCUGAUGGCUCAUCUUCAUCAUCAUCAGAGCCUAGCUCCAAACGUCCCAGCAUGCACAGCAGCAGCCUCCUGGACUCCUUCCCUCCUCAUCCUCCUCUUGCUGCUCAGACCAUUUAUUCCUCCUGCUCCUCGUUGAACAUCCCUGAACAAGCCUCCCCUCCUCUUCCACCUCCUCAUCUUCCUCAGGGAUACUACUCCUCCUCCUCGCCCAACGCUGUGGUGCCUCAGUGGGACGCCUGCAUCUCCUCCCCUCCUCCUCCUCUCUUCCUCUCCUCCCCCUCCUCCCGUCUCCUCUCUGGCCGACCAUCGGGCCUCCUCUCCACUGUUCUACAUGGAGCUGCCGGCCAGUCCAGAACCCGGGUUCUGCGGGGUCUUCAGCGAUGCUCCGGGGCCCGAUUCUCUGCUCCUCCAGCAGUGAAACGAACUGAGCAGCUUCACUUUUUAUAUUGA